AUUAGUAUGAUAUGAAAGUAAAGGCAAGCAACGUUUUACUCAUUAUCUUCACACCAAAUCUAUAUAGCCCACACAACCUUCAGUAAAACGUAUCUUUUACUUUCUUUCUUUUGAAAAAAGAAGUCACAUGUUCUUAAGUGUCUUCUCAUGAAGAUAUAAAGGGAAAUAACCAAAUCUCAAAAGCUUUACAAAAGAGUUUCUUUUUUAAAUCUCAAACCCUCUCAUGGACUUUCUCAAAGUUUCAGACAAGACAACAGUUCCAUGUAGAAGUGAUUCUAUGUUUGGUUUGAAUCAGCAACAAUACAUGGAGAUUCAUCCUCAUCCUCAUCCUCAUCAUGCCAUUACUCCUUAUUCAGGAAACGGAGUUUUGGGUUGUUAUUACUAUUAUCCUUUCACAAACGCACAACUAAAGGAGCUUGAGAGACAAGCGAUGAUCUACAAGUACAUGAUCGCAUCUCUUCCAGUUCCUUUCGAUCUCCUUGUUUCGUCAUCAUCCUCUCCCUGUAAUAACAAAAACAUCGCCGGAGAUCUAGAGCCGGGAAGAUGCCGGAGAACAGACGGGAAGAAAUGGAGAUGCGCUAAAGAAGUCGUCUCUAAUCACAAAUACUGUGAAAGACACUUACACAGAGGCCGUCCUCGUUCAAGAAAGCAUGUGGAACCUCCUUAUUCUCGCCCUAACAACAAUGGUGGUUCUGUUAAAAACAGAGAUCUCAAAACUCUCCCUCAAAAGCUUUCUAGUAGUUCCGUAAAAGACAAGAUACUUGAGCCAGUGGAGGUUUCUUCAUCCCUCUCAAACUACAUAGAAUCAAGAGGAGGCGAGAUGUUUCCUGUACCGUCGACAACAGAACAAGAGAACAAGUAUCUCAAUUUCAUCGAUGUCUGGUCAGAUGGAGUAAGAUCAUCAGAGAAACAGAGUACAACAACUACAACACCUACACCUGUUUCUUCAUCCAAUGGCAAUCUCUCUCUGUACUCGCUUGAUCUUUCAAUGGGAGGAAACAACUUAAUGGGCCAAGACGAAAUGGGCUUGAUCCAAAUGGGUUUAGGGGUAAUCGGGUCGGGUCGUGAGGAUCAUCACGGGUAUGGUCCUUAUGGUGUGUCUGCUUCACUAGAGGAGAUGUCAAGCUGGCUUGCUCCGAUGUCUACCACGCCUGGAGGACCAUUAGCGGAGAUACUUAGGCCUAGUGCGAAUUUGGCUAUCUCCGGCGAUAUUGAAUCGUAUAGUUUGACGGCGACUCCAAGCUCGUCGCCGUCUAGAGUGGUGAAGAAGAUGAUGACUAGUUCAGUUUCCGACGAGAGCAGCCAGAUUUAGAGAUUAUGGAGUUUGGUAAUAACGACUUUUUUUGUGUGUGUGUCUUUUGGCCUUUCUUUAAUCUUGUGCCUGUAAACUGUAAACAGUCACUUUGAUUAAUUAUGGAGUUAAUUAUUUUCAAUCAAUGCUAUUUUAGUGAAAUUAGAUUUUUUAAAGUUUUUAAUUAUAAUAAAAUAAAAUGAUAAAUCGAAUUAGAUUUGAUUAUAUUCUGUGUGUGGCUGUGUUUGUUUUC